AUCGGUUAUAUUUUGCUACUUUAAGGAAUAGACCAAAAAGCACAAUACAUACCCACUAUUUCUCCAUCGAUGAGGAGCUGGUGUAUGAAAAGUGAUCUACUUGAAGAAGACGCCGGAAGAGGCCUACCGAGCGCUACUGUCCGGCUCAGCGCCGCCCUAUGUCCCCUUCAGGGAUGCUUCGUUCGGAAAUUGCACUUACAAUCUCACUGUCCUCGACUGCUUACAAGGAAUCAGAAAGGUUACCCGCUUCACGCCCCCGAAGCCUACUUUCCUUAUUUCAAAAAGCAUAAUGUGACUGCGAUUGUGAGACUGAACAAGAAGAUCUACGAGGCGAAGCGCUUCACGGACGCUGGCUUUGAGCACUAUGACCUCUUCUUCAUAGACGGCAGCACGCCGAGCGACAACAUCGUGCGAAGGUUCCUGAACAUCUGCGAGAACACCGAGGGGGCCAUCGCAGUCCACUGCAAAGCUGGUCUGGGAAGGACGGGGACGUUGAUCGCCUGUUACGUGAUGAAGCACUACAGGUUUACACACGCUGAGAUCAUUGCCUGGAUCAGGAUCUGCCGGCCGGGCUCCAUCAUCGGACCCCAGCAGCACUUCCUGGAAGAAAAACAAGCAUCAUUGUGGGUCCAAGGUGACAUUUUCCGAUCUAAGCUGAAAAACAGACCAUCCAGCGAAGGAAGUAUUAAUAAAAUUCUUUCUAGCUUGGACGACAUGUCUAUUGGUGGAAAUGUAUCUAAAAUCCAAAACAUGGAAAGGUUUGGAGAGAAUAACUUAGAAGAUGAAGAUGUGGAGACGAAAAAUAACAUCACCCAGGGAGACAAACUGCGUGCCUUAAAAAGCCAGAGGCAGCCUCGCUCCUCGCCAGCCUGCGCUUUCAGGUCAGAUGAUGGGAGAGGGCACCCGCGAGCAGCGCUGCAGCCCUUCAGAUCGAGUUCUUCCCCACAAGGACCUGCGUCUACUCUGAAGACUCCAAAAGUGGCUCUAUCUCCUUCAGUGACAGCCAAGAGGAUAAACAGAGGUUCUCUGUCUUCAAGCACCGGUGUAAGAAGCUUCUCCAUAAACUCGCGGCUGGCCAGUUCUCUGGGGAACCUGAAUGCUGCAACAGAUGAUCCGGAGAACAAGAAGGCGCCCCUGCCCGCCAAGGCAGCCUUCCCGGCCAACCCAUUCACCAACCUCCUGAAUGGCAGCCCCCAACCACCAGCCAGGAACUACCCUGAACUCAACAACAAUCAGUACAACCGAAGCAGCAGCAGUGGCAGUGGGGGCAACCUGAACAGCCAGCUGGGGCGCCAGGGCGCCCAGACCGAGGAGCGUGUCCCCAUCGUGCGGCCCUCUUACGCCGGGCUCUCCUCCUCUUCAGCAAGAUUCCUGAGCCGGUCCAUCCCUUCUCUCCAGUCCGAAUAUGCCCCCUACUGAGGCCUGCCCUCGGAGCCUGCUGCCUGCUGUGGAGGAGUACCGCUGGCUGGAGGGUAGGCUAGCGCUGCCUUACCUCGCUAGAGCACUAGGCGGCCCGGGCAGAGACUGAGGCCAGAGAGCUGCUAGGGGCUGCUAGAAGUGCGCUGGAACUGUGGAUGGAGUUUCCACCACUUCUUCAGAAAGUUCAAAUGUUAAAUUUGGUAUUCUGAAAGGUUAUUUUUACUGUAUUCCGGUAAUACAUUUGCCUUUGCAUUUAUGUGUACAGUGUUACAUUAUGUAUGUAUUGUGGACUUUUAAAGACUAUUUUGAUAAAUUUAUAAAUAUAUAAAAUUAUGUAAAAACUAGACUAUAUUUUGAUUUAGGCUUUCCUGCUGUUUGCUACCAAAAAUUUGUAUUUUACACGUGUGGUUUUGGUAUGGUUUUAUCUACGAUGACUAGAUACUCCCUUCCUGUUGAAUGAAGUAAGGGAGAAGGUCUCGAGAGUGAGCACAGCCGCCAGCACAUUCCCGAGAGCGCUGAGCUUCAGGAGCACUCCGGCGCUCUCCUCCACGGCAGAGCAGGCUUGCUGUGAUGCGGUCAGAUUCUCCCCCUCCGCUUUGUCCUUGAGCCCCUUAAGUGAGCUUUGCGUGCUCGGAGGCCUGAAACACGUGGCGUCUGGCUGGCACCCAGAUUUCACUGGACGCCUCUCCCGAGAACGUGGCUUUUCUCUAAGAAAUGACUGCACAUUACAGAUGCUUCUGUUUCCUCCUCACAGAAAGUGGGUUUUUUGGGAAAUACCUUAAACAAUUUAUGUUGCUUGCUUUUAGUUUUAUACUAGUUCAGCGGAGAGUGACGUACUUCAAAAUCCAGGUCUAAAGUCUCCAAGAGUUCUGUCACUGAAUGUACAAAAGUAGUUUGAGUGACCUUACUAAUUCAGCGUGCAUGCUCUGCUUUUGGCAGAGCUGGUUGUCAGCACUUGUCUGAAACAAUGAAGGAAAACUGGGACCCGUGCUGCUCAGUACUCUCUCCUGGAAGGAGAUGCACUGGUUUUGGACAGGCUGCGCCCCGGUGCGUGCGGUCGGUCUGGACCCUCACGUGACGACGACGGAAGGACCCCGCGGGUGCUCGUGCGCCGCCCCCAAGCGCCGCGGCCCAGGCCGCGCCACGCUCCGGUGAGGAGGAGUCUGCGACUUCAGCGCCUGACGCCCUGGAGGCAGCCUAAGACGAUACUCCGACCUGCAGCGCUGCGCGCAGGGAUUCACGCGAAGGGCUUUCCUUCCUACAGCUGAGCUAUUUAUAGCAUAUUUAUAGGAGAGGUACUUGGAACUUCUGUGUGCCGCAGCGAGACUUCUUGCUGUUGUUUCACGCUUUCAAAAAGACGUUUGAAUGAAUGUUUGACUCAGGUUUGUUAACAUAACCUUUAAUAACUGCAGUACCAAAUAAUCACACUCAAAAUGGAGAAAAAUAUUGUAUGUUUUAAGAAUCAAAGAUUAAAAUAGAUGGAAUUAAAUUGUAUUUUCUAAAGCAGAAAACUAAAAUAUUUUAUUAUGUGUUAUUGUAAAAAAGUUGCUUAAUUGUAUAGAAAGAUGAUAGUAUUUUUUCAACUUAUUACUGCAAAGUAAUUGAGAUGACAUUUGAGUAGAAAGGGAACCAUAUUGCUGUUUUUAGUUCUGUGAGCACUAAUAUGUGUGCAGCUAUUAAAUGAUUAGAAAGUUGAUCACUGUUCUUCACAAUUAUGUGUACAUGAGUCAUAUGUAGAUACAUGUGUAUGUCUUAAAAUUAUUUAUACACGUGUGCAUACAUGGACUCAUCAAAAGGGCGCCAUAUGUAAUCUAGGCGGUACAGAGCACAGUAGUUCUACUCCGAUACUAAAAACUGUUUGAGAUGUAUUUUGUUACGAAUAGUUUAUCUUUCAAAAGAUAUUUUGUUCUAUUUUAAAGUAUAGAAGAUACUGCUAAUAAAUAAUAAAAGUU